AGGAGGAGGGAGAGGAGGAGGAGGAGGCUUUAAACGGCGGGAAGGAAAAGAGAGCGGAAGGUCCGGGUAGUUUGACCGGCAAGGAGGUCACCGUGGGUGUGGUGCAAGAAAUAGUGGACAUGGUCUUCUUCGUUUCCUUCCUCCCACUCUUGUAUUUGAUACGACAAUGGGUUUUCUAGCCCGCCUCUCAGACCAGGACAAAAGUUAGGAAAGUCAUCAAAUGGAGACGCCGUGUAGCAAGCUUAUGUAUGAAAAAUGAAUCGCAAUUGCUUGGAUUGCGCUUGAAGGUGCUGCUAUUUAGGACUCUCGUGAUUACCUUAAAGGGUGCCAGGAUGGCGUCAAGGGACGAAGGAGAGGGAUGGAUGCCGAAGUAGAGGACGAAGGGAUAGAAAGCGAGGGUGAGUGAAGGAGUGUUGUACGUAAAGAGAAGAGUGAUGCAGUGGCUGGUGCGAGUCUAUUCAGUCGUAGGAGAGGAAAUGCUAUGAGUAUUCCCACAUCACACCUCGGCGCUUCCUUGAAAAAGAAGUAGAGAAAGUAGAUUUGGAGUGUGAAGGUAGAUGAGCUGUGA